AACAAAACGUGUAUCUAUCCUUAGCCAGUGCACAAACAAGUGGACCAACGCCAGUAAGAGGUGACAAAUUUCACUUGCCACUAUCCAUUUCUUGCUCUAUUUUCCUUCUCUUGCAUUUUCAUCCUCAGCAUAACUCAAAACAAUAAAAAAAGAAAAGAAAAGAAAAAACAAAGGAAAUCUUUCCAAUGGCAUUCACUUCUAUAUCCCCAUUAUCCAUUAAAUCCGUAAACAUAUCUCCUUCAUCCUCAAGAUCUCCAUACCAUCUGCCCUCUCAAUCCAAGCCAUUUCACAUACUUUGUCAACUAGCCACAGAAAGAGAAGACCGAAUUCUUGAUUGUUCCACAACUAGAUACAAGGUUCAUCAUUCUAAACCCAAGAACUGGAGAACAUUAGUUUCAACUGCAUUGGCAGCUGCUGCUGCUGUUAACUUGGGCUUUGGUUCGCCUGCUGCUGCUGAUCUCAACAAGUUUGAAGCAGAGCUUCGAGGUGAAUUUGGUAUAGGAUCAGCUGCCCAGUUUGGCUCUGCAGAUCUCAGGAAAGCAGUGCAUGUGAAUGAAAAUUUCAGAAGAGCCAAUUUCACAUCAGCUGAUAUGAGAGAAUCUGACUUUAGCGGUUCAACAUUCAAUGGUGCAUACCUGGAGAAAGCAGUUGCUUACAAGGCAAAUUUUACAGGUGCAGAUCUGAGCGACACCUUAAUGGAUCGAAUGGUUCUCAAUGAAGCUAAUCUCACCAACGCAGUGCUUGUUAGAUCGGUCCUCACUCGAAGUGAUCUCGGAGGUGCCAUCAUUGAAGGUGCUGACUUCAGUGAUGCUGUUAUAGAUCUCACACAGAAGCAGGCGCUUUGCAAGUAUGCAAAUGGAACAAAUUCGAUCACAGGGGUAAGCACCAGAAAAAGCUUAGGUUGCGGAAACAGCAGGCGAAAUGCAUAUGGCAGUCCAUCUUCUCCACUUUUAAGCGCUCCACCUCAGAAACUACUUGAUCGCGAUGGUUUCUGCGAUGAAGCCACUGGUCUUUGUGAUGCAAAGUGAUCGCAUGACACUUCACUGACCGCAUGGGAAACCAUCCUGUAUCCAUGUAAAUAUAUGGAAAUCAAAAUCAGAAUACUGCUUAAUUUACUUGAGAGAUUAUGAAUGAUACAGCUACGAAAGUUGGAAAAAGGAGAAACAGGAAUUAUCAGUUAUUUUUUGUUAUGUUUUAAACAUGAAAAGAUAAAAUUUCCAAAUCGUUUCUAUGA